AUGCCAACCUUGCAGGUGACCAUGGGCGACCCCAACCCGUCGCCGCGCCUGGGCCGGCGACUGCUGCGCCGUUACCUGGACGCGGCCGCCCAGCACACCUGCCCGUCCUCCCGCCCCGACAGCAGCGCCCAGCCAUGGAAGCGCACCCAUCGCCAUGCCUCCGCCCCCGCAGCCGCCGACUCCAGCCCGCACGACAGCUAUGCUUCAGGUGCGCCUACCCAGUUGUAUGAAGAAAUUCAGCGCGCACUUACUGCAACAAAUUGGCGUAGUCAGCCUCACCCUCCCCGACGCCGCAGAGGUUCAUUCAAGUCAAGAACCGGUCCUCUAACUCAACCGAGAAGACUAUUCCAAGAUGAUUCCUCUACGGAAUUAGACGAUUUUACUGACCUGCCGUUUCAUCCUACUGAAGUACGACCAUGGACAGCUCCAUCAAUGUUCUCACAGCAGGACUGGAAUACAAGUUAUCUACCUGACAACUACUACCCCACCUAUUGCAGAGGACCUCUACCGAAGAACUAUGAAUAUGAUGAAGCAUAUCUGUGACUUUGGAUUAGACUGUGAAUAAUGAAGUUAAAGGAACUUCCUUCAGUGACCAUUUUCUUAUGAUGUUUCAAACUUAUCACUGUACACCUUUUUGUCAAAUAAACUCC